AUGAAAAGAACCGAAGACGCCGCCAAUUCUCCAGAAAAGAAACCACGUUUAGAAAUGGCUUCAGAGAACGAAUCACAAUUUACUCCUGUCGGCGAGCAGGUUCAGAAUAUGGACAGCUCGGUGAGGGAGACCGGAGCAGCCGAUGUUGAAGGACAUCCAGUGCAAGAAGUUGAGUCCAUGUGUAUGAACUGCCACAAGAACGGUGUCACCCGCAUGCUCUUGACCCGUAUCCCAUUUUUCCGUGAAAUUAUUGUCAUGUCUUUUGAGUGUCCCCACUGUGGAUUCAAAAACUCUGAGAUCCAAGCUGCGGCACAGAUUGCGGAAAAAGGGUCUCGUUACGUUUACAAGAUCGAGUCCAAGGAAGACUUCAGCAAGCAGGUUGUCAAGAGCGAAACUGCAACAUGUCUGUUCCCUGAGUUGGAGCUUGAAAUUCCUCCUGAGCGUGGCCAGUUGACCAACAUUGAAGGUCUUCUCACCGAGAUGAUCGACAAUUUGAAAGCAGACCAACCAGCACGUAAAGAUGCCCAACCAGAGGUGCAUGAUAAGAUUGAAGCUUUCAUUGCCAAAGUUCAAGAGCGUCUUGAUGGCAAGGGCUUGCCUUUGACAUUUUAUGUCGAUGAUCCUGCCGGCAACUCGUGGAUCGAAUAUACCCCAGGUCAGCCAGCUCACAAAUGGUCCAUGUACGAGUACAACCGUACCGCCGAGCAAAAUGUAUUCCUUGGACUUAUCUCUGCUGAUGACGUUGCCCAGCACAAGAAACUUGAGCUGGAAAAGAAGAAAUCCGCAACAGAGACUAAUGUGAGUUCACAACUUGGGAACGAAAACCCUAAAGCCACAGGUUUUGUUUCCGACAACACAGACAUUGAGAACUUCGAUAAUGAAGUCCAGACUUUCCAUGCCACAUGUUCCGCAUGCUACCAGCCAUGUGAAACUCAUAUGAAAACAGUGAACAUCCCACAUUUCAAAGAUGUCAUUAUCAUGUCCACCGUCUGUGACCAUUGUGGCUACAAGUCUAAUGAAGUUAAAACAGGAGGUGCUAUUCCUGAAAAGGGAAGACGCAUCACGCUCAAAGUAACUGACCCAGAAGACUUGGCUCGUGACAUUUUGAAGUCGGAAACUUGUGACAUGAAAAUCCCCGAUUUGAAUUUGGACUUGACCCCAGGAACUUUGGGCGGUAGAUUCACCACCAUCGAAGGUUUAUUAAGUCAAGUUUACGAUGAAUUACACUCGCGUGUUUUUACGCAAACAUCUGAUUCUAUGGAUGAUGAAACUAAGCAAAGAUGGACUUCCUUCUUUGCCAAGUUGGAGGAUGCCGCACAUGGCAAAAUUGGUUUCACUAUUUACAUGGAGGACCCCUUAGCAUCUUCAUACAUCCAAAAUGUUUAUGCGCCAGAUAAUGAUCCUAACAUGGUGAUUGAGGACUUUGAGAGAAGUUUCCAACAGAACGAGGACUUGGGCUUGAAUGACAUGGACGCGAAAUAA